AAGUUGAUGACGCAAAGUGAUGGAGAAUAUGCCAAGUGGUUCAAAAUCUCUGGUCCAAUACGACUGCAUAUAAGGAGUUUCUUUUAUCUUUCAUUUUUCUCUGUAGGAGUUAUUCAGGUUUCGGUUAAAGUCGGCCUCACCGUGUGCGUAAGAUAAUUUAACUCACACGAAAACUGGAACUUCACGAGUUUCCAGGGACGGAAUCAAGCAAAGAGAGAGGGGAGGCAAAGAGCAACUUACCUUAUAAAGAAACAAUUUUUAACAUGACCAUUGCCAGUUGUAACAUUCAAUUACCAUCAUCUUCUUAUUAUUCCUCCUGCUGGUGUAUUUCCCCCUCUACCUUUCCAAAGCCAAAACCAAAACAACUUUCUUUCAACCGUACCACUGCUUCUCUCUCGGAUAUGGAUGCAACAACCAACCCAGGACUAUACCCUUUGCAACGUUGUAAAACACUGCAUCUGGUGAGGCAUGCUCAGGGGAUUCAUAAUGUAGCAGGGGAAAAAGAUCAUGCCGCUUAUUUAUCUGAAGAGCUUUUCGAUGCCCAUCUCACGCCACUUGGCUGGCAGCAGGUUGAUAAUCUGCGCAAGCAUGUUCAAGAAACCGGGCUUUCCAAGAAGAUUGAUUUGGUCAUUGUAUCCCCUUUGCUCAGGACUAUGCAAACUGCAGUGGGAGCCUUUGGUGGUGAAGGGUAUAGGGAUGGGAUAGACAUACCUCCACUGAUGGUGGAAAAUGCAGGGGAAAGUCACCAUCCUGCAAUUUCAAGUCUGAAUUGCCCUCCAUUUGUAGCAGUUGAGCUUUGCCGGGAACAUUUGGGAGUCCAUCCAUGUGAUAGAAGAAAAAGCAUCAACGAGUAUCGGCCUCUCUUUCCUGCAAUUGAUUUUUCUCUGAUAGAAAGCAAUGAGGAUAUUUUGUGGGAAGCUAAUACUAGAGAAAAGAAUGAAGAAGUUGCAGUUAGAGGAAUGAAAUUCUUGAACUGGUUGUGGACGCGAAAAGAGAGGGAAAUUGCAGUUGUUACCCACAGUGGAUUCUUGUACCAUACCUUAAGUGCUUUUGGGAGUGAUUGUCAUCCAGCUGUGAAGAAUGACAUAUGCAAACACUUUGCGAAUUGUGAGCUUCGCUCUGUAGUUAUUGUUGAUAAAAGUAUGAUGGGAUCAGAUCCCGCAACAACUAACUAUCCUGGAAAAAUCCCUAGUGGACUUGAUCUUCCAAGUGAUGUUGCUGAUGAGAAGCAUGCAGAGGAAGGAGUGGCCAAGUAGUUAUUAAUCUGGAGAGACGACCAAUCAGGAAUGAGUUUGAUAUCCAUAUAUGAUUCUUUGCAAGUUUACUGAGAUAAUUGUUACACUACAAAAACAUUAGGUACUUGAAAAUUUUGUAAGCUCUCAGGCUAUGUUAGGCAAUUAUUCAAGUAUAUGUCACAUCAAAAUGCUUUAAACACUUACAAGUGUCAAUUCUUUAUGAUGGACCAUUUGAACCCUUGCAUUCUAUUAUUGUCUUUUGAGAGAGCGUGUUCAGCGUUGCAU